CAAUUUUUGUUGGAUUUUAAGAAACAGUGGAUUUUCCCCAAUGUGAUCAACAGUCCACGAAUAAUGCUUCUUGUUCGUCUCAACUCUCAAGCAGUGAAACAGGUCCCUCAGGUGCAUGUUUUCGCGAUUGCAGCAAAUUAAAUUAAGAGUUAAAUGCAUAUGUAAAAUCAAUGGAAGUCCUCAUAAAAUACUUGGAUUAGAUAAGAACAAUAUAUAAAACCAGGUGAACAGUCAAUGAGAUACUUCAACAAUAACAAGUAGUAGCUCAAACAGUUGACCUUUGAUUCUCAUUCUCCACAAUAAACUGAAAGUCACAAAGAUAACUACGAGAACUACAUUCUACAUGAUAUGUAGUUCAUCUACCACAGUUUUGAAUGACUUACAAGGGAGCUAAAUUUUGGUAAAACUAAGAGCCCGUUUGGUAAUCUUUUUUUCCGGCUUAUCAGUCAACGUUUUCACUAAACACGUAACUUUUGAUCCACGCGUUGUAUGUAAUAAUAAGAAAAAGUAAGACUGUGCUGGAAGAGACUGAUAGUGAGAGCUCAGGAUAUGGAUCGGGGGAGGAAGAUCUAGGCCUGACAGGUAUCACAGAAAUUGAUGAAGUUUAUAUGGACGGUAAGGUUUUUAUGAUUAGGAAAGAUGAUAACGUGAACAGAAAUAGAAUGAUAAGGAGAAUUCCAGGAUUAAAUUGGGAGGAAACAUUUGCUAAAAAAAAGAUUGGUCUUCCAAGUCUUUUUAAGGGCAACUCAAAUGGAAAGAAAAAGAAAAAAGGAUCGACCGGAAGAAAAUAAUUCUGUCUGGGUUUUCAGUGAUGGCUGUUUAACCGUAGAAGACUUUUCUUGGUUUUGUUUUAAUGGCAGGGCGCUACUGCAAUGUUUUUUAUUAUGGUGAUGCUACGAUCCAUGUAUCUAGGUAACCGGAAGUGAGCUGGGAAAGUUUCGUUGCUUUUGCCAGACUGAAUUCGCUAUUUCGGUGCUGAGGCAAAGCUUUUGAGGUUUCUGUUUGCAGCUGGACCAAAGAAUUUUAAGCUGUGGCUUUUUGUGAUAGAUUUCUAUUUAGGUUAGAUUAGUCUAACUUAGAUAGUUAUUUUGAUCCAAACUUGAUAUUCGUACAUUGUAAAAUGUUAUUUGUGGGUGUUUUAUAUAUAUACUUACAUUUCAUUCAAAAAAAAAGUAAGAUUGAAGUUACUUUUCUUGAUGUAUUGGCUGAAAUUACUGUAGCGGACUUUUUUAGUUAUUUUUACAUAUAAUUUAUUCUUUAUCUUAUUAAUAAAAUAUAUAUUAAAUAUAAUUUUGUCAUAAAUCAACAGAAUCAACUGAUUCAGCAAACAUUUCAUAGAUUUCAGCAGAAUCAACUGAUUCAGUCAAUUUUGAUAUUACCAAACGGGCUCUAAAUGAAUGUUCAAACCUUACAUUUUCCCUUUAUAAAUACUGUCUUCUUAUAUAAACUAAAAAAAAAUCGUUUCACAUUGUUCGCUAAUCAUUACUCUUCAAUGAGGCCUGGAAUGAUGCUGAGCCUGGACUAAAUCAAGUAGCUAUUAUUUGGCGUCAUGACUAAGAAAGCACGCUAAAGUUUCAAUGUGCAGCUAUCCAUGGAAGAAUCUCUCCUCUCAAAGGCAGUUCACAGAUGCAGUGUGAUGCUAUUACCAGGCUACCAGCAACAAGUGCCUCGGCAGCAAUCCCAGCAAAAAAAACCAUGCAAUACCUGGCGAAUAUGUGACAAAAGGAAAAAGGUAAUUAUUCACCAUUCGAAAAAAAUUGGUUACUAUUCAACAGAGACACAUCCCAAGCAACCCAAGUAUCUGCCUACUCCUAAAUGCAAGCAAAGAAGAACACAUAACAAAAGACCAGAAUGCAAAACCUGUCAAAGGCAGUUCUACUCAACCGGCCUUCAUCGAGCUCAUUCUCAAGUUUUUCAUCCCAGAAUUGUGUUCCAGCCUGAAAGGAAUAAAUGGAGUAAUACAUGUGCAGCCACAAUGAGAUUACAGAGGCAGUAGAAUCAAGUACACUGAAACACAAUUGCAAUACAAAUGAGCCAAGAGCCUGAGACCACAACAUCCUAAACUUUUUCGUCAAUUUACUGCAUCCUCAAACUGAAUUCAUUUGUCUUCCUUUUUCCUACUUUUUGUUUUAACUCUGAUAUCAUAGGUCAAUGCAUGUUACCAACCCCAAGCUCUUUAGUGAAUAAAGCUUGGAUGUUCUAAUUGUAGUCAAUUUACUACGAGU